AGCAUCUCUGCCAUGCGAUUUUGAUUCUCUUGGCAGAUUCCAAUUAACAUUCUUCUUCUUCUUCUUCUUCUUCUUCUUCUCAUUGAUCCGUUCCCGUUUUUUUCUCACUUCCAACAAACUUUUCUAUUGCCUUUCUGAUUCUUACAACCAUGACCGUCUCCUCUGAAAGCAAGAAUUCUCUCACUCAACUAGCUCCACUUGAGGCAGUGCUCUUUGAUAUAGAUGGAACUCUCUGUGACUCUGAUCCACUCCACUACUACGCUUUCCGUGAAAUGCUCAAAGAGAUUGGUUUCAAUGGAGGUGUUCCUAUAACAGAGGAAUUUUUCAUUGAGACUGUUGCCGGCAAGCACAAUGAUGAUAUUGCCUUGGCUCUCUUUCCUGGUGAUCUUGAACGAGGCUUAAAGUUUGUAGAUGACAAGGAAGACAUGUUCCGGAAAUUGGCAAAAGAGCAAGUAAAGCCAUUGAAUGGCCUUGAUAAAGUGAGGGAAUGGAUUGAAAGUCGUGGGCUGAAGCGAGCGGCAGUGACCAAUGCUCCAAGAGCUAAUGCAGAACUCAUGAUCUCAUUGCUUGGUCUCUCAGACUUUUUUCAUGCUGUCAUUAUUGGUGGAGAAUGUGAACAUGCCAAGCCUCAUCCAGACCCCUACUUGAAAGGUCUUGAAGCUCUGAAAGCAUCAAAGGAUCACUCAUUUGUAUUUGAGGAUUCUGUUUCUGGGAUCAAAGCUGGAGUGGCAGCUGGGAUGCCUGUUGUAGGUUUAGCUACUCGAAACCCGGAGCAUCUACUGAUGGAAGCAAAGCCUGCCUUUCUGAUUAAGGAUUAUGCAGACCCAAAAUUGUGGGAAGCUUUGGAAGAACUUGACAAGGCUGGUACUAAAAAAGUAUGAAGAGUACAACUGAAAGAAUAUAUUGGUAAAUUCAAGUGGCUGGUUUGAUCUAAUAAGCUCACAUGAUUACCUCUAUAAUUUUGUUUAGAGGGCAAUGUUGCAUGGCUGGAAGUUAUUGAUCCAAAAACAAUCAAUCUCUCAUUUUUUUUCAGUUUAUAAUCAUACUCACUUUAAAAGAUGACGGUCCAAUAUUAUAGUACUAGUUUCUCAUUCUUGCUUUGGAACAGAGAGCAAACACUUGUCUUCUAUUUAUAUUUUGUAAUGUCAUUGGCCACAAAUAAGUGGGAUAGCCCAAGAUUGCAUACAAUACAAACACACAAAUUCUCCUAGA